AUGAAGAGGAACCUUUUUAGGGUGAGAUGCGCCGCGAGGAUGUACGCUCGCGCGCGUGGGGGAGAGACUAAUGGAGGGAAGGCGGAAGAAGGUGGCGCUCCUGUGGGGUCCUCCCCCCCUAACGAAGGCAACUCGUGUAGUGCCCCCCCCACGAGGGGACGAGGGAUAAUGUACCCCCCCAUCGAGAGCGUUAUCAAAAAUUCAAUUUGGAUACCCCACAUGAGGAAAUACAGAAGCGCGAAAAUCAAACGGAAUGAACUUCCUUCCCUAAGUGGAAUAACUCAAAAAGGAAAGAGAGGAUAUAUGAGAAGAUCCGUUGGGUACUACCCCAUUGGAGGUAGGUCAUCUCAGAUAAAUGAAGUAUUAAUUUUACUGAAUAAGUACCAAAGAGACAUGUCCUUUAUGAAAUAUCUUUUUGUGGCUAACUGUGUAAUUAUGGCUAGUCUGAUUUUGGGUUCUGUGCAUCUACUUUGGGGUGAUUCUAUGAAUAAAUACGUUUUAACAAAAAUUGAAAAAUUACUUGUAGAGAUGAAGGACUCAUCCAAGACGCAAACAAUUAUCAAAGGAAUGGUGAACGAUCUCUUACACAGUGUAAUAAAUGAUGAGAAAAAUAAAAAUGCAACCACGAAAUUCUUUUUGGAUACUCUCGAUAACUCAAAGACUGAAAUGGGGAAUGUAUUCACAGAUGUGUUACAAACAGAGCAUGUAAGGAAUAGUCUCAAAAACGUUUUUUUGGAUGUGUCAAGCUAUUUAUGUAAUAAUGAACAUGUACAGAUGAAGGUGUAUCACUUACUAUCGGAGGCGAUACAUCUACCUAUCGCUAUCAACACAUCGAAGAGGUGGCUAAAUGAUUUACUCAAAUCAGAUAGCGUAACAAAUAAUGUAAGGGAAAUAAUACGUAACGAAAUUUUUAACAACGAUCAAGUGAUAAAUAACUCUGUUGUUUUUGUUCAGAAUGCUCUCCUGAAUGCCGUGCAUGAUAAUAAAACAAAGGAGGUGAGUAAAUUAUUUUUUGCUUCCAUCCUUUCGAACCCCGAGAUUCAGCAACAGAUUUCUGUUAACCUGUGGAAGAUACUUAAAAUGGCUAUCUCCCCUAAGUGGAUGACUUACGAGGGGGAUGACUUGGACUUCAAAGUGGCUAACCAGUCACAGAACCACGUGGGAGCGAUCAGCUGCGAUGUUUGCCAUGUUGGCGAUGUUCUCCAGGACAGCGGCGUUCGUCACGUUAGCAGUGUACGCCUUGGCAGCGACGACCUCGUGGAGGCCCCUUCGCUAGAGGCGCUCCCGAACAGGGAGGAGCUCCUGCCCCUGGGGAGGAACAAGGGGAGCGCGCCUAGUGGGGCAGCAGCCCCCGUGGAGGGGCGCCAAAUGGGAGAGCUUGCGCGAGAGGCGAAGCGAGUUAUGAGCGAAACGGGGGAAGCCACUAGCGAAAUGGAGGAAGCCACUAGCGAAAUGGAGAAAGCUACCAGCGAAACGGGGGAAGCUACUAGCGAAACGAAGCAAGUCAUGAACGAAAUGAGACAUGUAAUUUACCUUUUUGAGCGCGCUCACAUGUGUGACGGGAAUGCCGACGCAACCUCAUGUGAACGGACGUACGAUGGGAAACCAUUCCAAGUUGGCAUGGCAGGGAUCUUAAGACAUGUGGAUAUGGAACACCUGGAGGAGCUGCGAAGCUUGCUCUUUCCUCCCCAUCGAAGUGAUAAUAACUCUACACCCCUAAGUGCCAUUUCUGUUUGUAAAUUUAAAAGCGUUAAGGAAGAAGGAGCAGAUCCCAUGUCAAGUUUGAGAAGAGCCCAUGGGUUGAGUGGCUUUUAUUUUGCUAACAGGUUGAGUAGCCUUUACUUUGCUAACAGGUUCGGGAGAAGCGGUUCCAACGGGUGGGGGGCGAUCCCCCCAGGAACGGUACUUGCUGGCGAGCCACCCCUUGGCACGACGUCACCCAGUUGCGCUACGCCCAGCAGUGCUGUGCCGAACCACGCACGGGCUGACUACUCACAGGCUAAGCACGCACGGACUGACUACUCACAGGCUAAGCACGCACGGACUGACUACUCACAGACUAACUACUCCCCGACUGACUACGCCCCGACUAACCAUGCAGUGACCCGUGCGCGCGGAGUCGCUGUGAGAAUAAAGUUCUUCCUGCUCGACGCGUAUAGGUUCUACGCGCAAAAGUAUUACUUCUAUUACUACUACGUGGAGAGGGUCAAGGGGGUGCUGCAGAAGGCGCUCGGG